AUGGCUUCUGUUCAAUAUGCCCGCACGUACACAAUUGUCAAUGUCAAAGAAGAAGACCGGCCGCGAAUCAUCGCUACCCCUCCAACACUGGUGGUCCAUUAUGCGUGUACGGGGCAGAUGCGGGCAGCAAGGCUAGGCUCUCCAAGAGGCCAGCCACCAAUGAUUGCUUCAGAGUUGGGCCGGAAGCCCGAGAAUGGCCAUGGCGGAUCACUCCCGGCUUCCAAAGAGAUCUUUGAGUACGAGAAGAUCCUAAACAUUAGGGACCAGAUAUUCUCUGGGAGCCAUCCUAGGUUGAAGGUCCCUCAGCAUGUUAUUCGCAACUUCACUCCUCGAUCCCUGCAAAGUCCCUCAAUCCCUACUACUCCCUCCGGGCCACCAGAUUCGGCCACGACCGCACAGCAAAAGGAGAGCCAAAUGUCAUCCAGCACACAAAAGUCCCCUUCAGGGAGUGAACCUGCAAUGGCAAUGGCAGUGACAACGGUAACUGGCACUAGUGCUCCUUCUACAGGUAGUCUCGUGGCCGCAUCUACGGCUACUACUUCUACGAAGCCAGCAUCAGAAAUUGACCCCAUCUUUUUGACUAAAUCUGAUGACCUUAUCAGAGCGGAGAUACAGUUACAGCGCCAAAGGAUUGAACGGGCUCUGCGGGACCAGGUGGAACAGAGGAGGACAGAAGCUAGAACAAAACCUUUGCCGCAGGAGUUAAACCCUGAUUUCGAUAUUGCAGAGGUUUUUGGAAAAGCAUUGGAACUUUCUAAGCCUAUUUCAGAGAUUGACACAGAAGGGGCUAAUGGGAAUAUCGCAGCCAGUGAUUCCUUUGAUGAGAAUUCUUUCUAUUCGAGUAAAGCCCCUGAUUCGCCCCAGAACGAGCCAGUUGUGGCAUCGCCGAUUGCCGGACGACAGCCCCAACCGAUGGUCAUUGACGAUGCGGUCGCUGAUACUUAUGUAGCUCGUGAUAAUGGUGGGCCCCGAUAUAUGGAGAAGGGGAUUCGAUCCAUGGUAAACUUGCAAUCACAACCUGCUUCGUUUGAAGCAGGGGACAAAGACAUGCCUACAAGAAGUACGGAUAAUACCCCCGUCCAAACUGUCAUAUCAAGCAGUCAAAAGAAUCGGGAAGAGCCAGAGACUUUUGAAGAACCGGAAUACUCACCGCCUGGCCCAAAUGUGGUGGAGACUAGGCGAGAUAGACCUCAUAUCCCUGCACCAGAACGUGCCAAUGUUGGGCAACCUUUCCGUAGACCUUCUCGGUCAGAACAAGAGCAUCAAUAUCCAAUGCAGGAUGUGAGAGUCGUCAGAAACCAUAUUACUUCUCCCGCCGCGCCCCAACCGUCAAGGGUCUCACCCCUUGCAGUCUCCAAGGCUCCCGGUUUCCCAAGACAAAACCGUCGUCAGCGAAAGAUCGAGAAGAAAUUGGCUGCCCAAGCAUCAGCGCGCACAAGCCCUGAGCCACCAGUGCAGCCGUUAGUGCCUCGUAAGCGCCGACGUGAUCAAGAGUUUAAAGAUAAUGCUCGUUUUGCGGAUGAGAGAAGACACGAACUCUCACCUGAGAUGCCUCAUAUUAAGCCCGAACCCAUGUCUCCACCUCCAUUCAUCGAGGUACCGUCCCCGGCAUAUGUGAGAACGCGCAUUCCUCAAGGUGGGAGUACUUAUAUUGAACUUGAUUCCCCCCAUUACACCCCUGUUAGCGAUCGACGUGAAGGUGGUGGCCGAGGCGGGCAUUUUGACGAGAGACCGACUCGAACCUACGAGCUGGAUAGCGCUACUGAAGUCAAUGUCCCGCGUUCAUCCUCAAGAUUAGCGGCUAGAAGAGCUCUUCGGGAGGACCGUGAUCUUCGCCGGGUAGCUACAAUGCAGCAUGCACGCCAAUCCGAGUAUGUCCAUGAUUACCCCGAACCCAUCCCCGAUGCUCCACCGCGUUAUGUGCGAGCCGCGUCCUACGCUAUUGCGGACAGGCCGGUCGAAGUAGAGAAACCAAGGUACUAUGAUGAAAUCGCACCGUAUCCUAAACCAUACGCUGCAAAUGUUCGUCCAGCUUCCCCAAGAAUUCGCCAAGAGUAUAUAGAAACAAAUCCGGAACCUCGAUCUAUGGCCCCUCCACCGCAACGAAGGAUUGUCAUCGAUGCCGACGGGAAUCGUUAUUACGAAUCUCUGGCACCUUCAUCGAGAAUGGCCCCUCCAUCUACUCGCCUGGCACACGCUGAGCCAUAUGAUGAGAGAUCACCUAUUCGUGCUGCGCCAGUUCGAGCAGUGUCAGUAAUCGAAAACCCCUACCCAGAGCGAAGAUACGUACAGGACAUGCCUCCGCCACCAGUCACAUACCGCCGCGUUCCUGAGUAUGCACGCGUUGCGCCUAGUGACCACGGUAUUUAUGAGCGAGAAAUAGAUGAUAGGCCACGGAUCCCGCGCGGCGCGAGUGUGCAAGUGAUUGAUUAUCCACAUCAACACCAGGCAUACGUCGAAGAAACAGCAUAUCCAAGAGAGGAGCUGGUAAGGAUGUCGAGCGUGCGACCUCCUCCAAGCCGCUACGAAGCUCCCGGAGAACCGCCAAUGCGUAUGCAGAGUGUUAGGCCUGUUCGACGAGAGGUUAGCGUAUAUAUCGAUGACGAGCCUCAUCAAUCUCGCGAGUACGCGCCUAUGAAUCAAGUCAACUACCCCGCCUCCCGGCAAGUGAGGGCGGAGCGGUACUAUGACGACGAAGAUGCCGCGAAAAUGGAGCUUGAAGGUAGCCAAGGAGUGGUUCGAAGGGUUUCUCGGAGAUACUAA